UCGAGCGUAAGGAUGGCUUCUGCUAGAUUAGUUAGGUGUGCAAGAUCUCUAUUUCGGACGAAUAUCAGUCUCUUUCCUCGACUUAGCACGAGUGCCAACCACCAAAUAAGAUGGCUAAGCUGCACACAAAACUUAACAAGUGAUAUUCCAAAAGACCGCCUUUACACAGAAGAACACGAGUGGGUGAAAGUGGAAGGAAGCACAGGGCUAAUAGGAAUCUCAGACUAUGCCCAGGCUCAACUUGGGGACCUGGUAUAUGUUGAGCUGCCAGAGUUAGAUGCCGUUUUCACCAAAGGAGAUGUGUGUGGGACGUUGGAAAGUGUGAAAGCUGCUAGUGAUCUGUAUUCACCAGUCUCAGGGCAAGUGAUAGAAGUCAACAAAACUUUGGAUGAGUCGCCAGAAACUAUCAACCAGUCGCCAUAUGAUAAGGGUUGGCUGAUGAAGGUUGAAUUGGGAAACUCAGAAGAACUGAAAGAUCUAAUGGAUGCUGAGGCUUACAAGGCUUUCAUACAAGAAGAAUGAAAUUUGUGAUUAUGAGAUAAGGUCCCAGUCACUAAAUUUUUUGGUUCUUUAAAAUGGUUACCUCUCGAUUAUUAUGCGUAUAUACAUGGUAGAAUAUUACAUGAAACUUAAAUGAAGAAAAUUGGUGGGGUAUAAUAAGUAAAUGUGUGGAGUUGACAACCAUGUGUGUUAAUUUUUUUUAAAUUGAUUCAUUGAUGUAAGGGAUGUUUAUAAGGGAAUUGUAGGUCUAUGCAUGAGGUAUUUUUGAAGGUCAUCUUGAUGCACAGGUGGAAGAGUACAACAUGUACAAACAUGCACAUUAAAUUUUUGCUAUUAUCAUAAGAAAAAAUGAAUAAAUAGAUUAUUAAAUAGUUAAAUCAUACUAUUACUAUUAUCAAAAGCUCUUUAAAAUACUGACUUAGUUGUAGGAAAUUAAUGAGAUUCUAAGGUAAUGAUGGGAGUAGUCUUAUGUUCCGUUUUUUUUAUUUCACUAUUGGUAGUUAGGCAGCAUUUUUAUACACUUCUCAAUGAAUCUGCGCAUUUAAAACUCAAAAAUUGCCAACUCUAUGCAUUUGCUGCCAUUUUACUGCCAUUAUUUUAAGCUUGUUUCCCGUUGUUUUUGAGGUGUUAUGUCAUUAUUAAUGACAUAUUAUAUAGUGGAUGUUAAUAUUUUGAGUUCUGAAAUGUUGUCAACUUGUGUUUCUUGUUGUAGAUGUUUGUACCAACCUGAAAAUUGUAUUUUUCCUUGAAAACUUCUUAUUUCUCAAUCAACUGAGACUAACUGUUUUAUUUGUGGUUCUCUUCCAUGAUUAUGAAAGUUGUGUGUCAAUGAAUUUUGAUUUUCUUGUUUGAAAUUGUUAGUCCAAAAAUAUUCCAGGCCUCUUUUUGCUAUUUGUUGGUGAAGCGCAUUGGAUGGUAUAUUACUGAUGAAAAAAAUCACUGGUGUUAGUUAAGUUGUAAAAAGUGAUUGAUGUACGUUGUUUCACAAAUCAUUCUGCUACAAAAUUCGUAGGUAACCUCUAUCUGCAUGUUAUUUUACAUUCAUACUUAAAGGACAAUGAAAACAUAAAUGAUAUGUAUGUAAUUUUUACCUAGUACCUCUGUUUUGCUUUUAUUAAGCAAUCAACAAUGUCAAUUCUUCAUGGUGUUUUUGUAUUAAAUAUUAAAUAUUAGUAACACUUACUUAUGCUGUAUUACAUGUGGAGUUGGGGGUCAUUUGGAGCCCAACUAUAAAGAAAAGUUUGAAUCAUGUCUAAGACACAGUGUAAGAUUGUAUUAGAAAGAGGGGGGUCAUUAAUGUAGUCUAAGGGUGCUUUCCCAGAGGUUUAGAUCGAUCUAAAGAUUAAGUUUUAGAUCGACCUAACUCCCUGGGGGU